UCACAACAGACAGUGGACUCCGCCACGGCACCAUCAUAACAAUGGCGGUGCCGGGAUGGGAGGUGAUCGUGGUGGCUGCUGGGAUAGGUGUCCUGGCGCUGACGCUGUUCUUGUUCCUGUUCCGGACGUACCUGCAGUCCCCGGAUGAUGACGCCUCCAGCGAGAUCACCGAGACACCAGACGUCAUCACACCUGGACAGCGCAUGCGCGAGGAGGAGCCUGAGCAGGUUCUGGUGAAACAGGAGGCGUCUGCACUCCCCCUCGACCCUGCCACGGUGCAGUAUGUGCAGCCAUACAUCGAGGAAUUCAAGUCACCCGUGGAAGAGCAGCCGACCGGAGCCCUCCCCCGCCAGGACACCGAGCAAACCGAGUACGAAUCGGUGAAGGGCGAUGACAUCACCUCGGAUCCCGGCGACGAGAGCACGCAUAAUGAUGACGUAGGAGAGGGGUACGCAAGUGCUCCCGAAGAGGUACUGGAGCGAGAGGAGCGUGAACAGGCCAGCCCCUGCAGGGAACGGGACAGCCCAACCCGGGAAAGAGACAGCCCAACCCGGGAACGAGACAGCCCAACCCGGGAACGAGAGAGUCCAACCCGGGACCGAGAGAGUCCUCUGCUUGAAAGAUCUGCCUCGAUUGAGACGAUCAGCUCAGACUGCUCUGUGUUUGAGUCUCUGGUGGCGGAGCUGCUCCCAGGCAUGGGCCAGUUGGAGUUCACGCUGGAGUACGACGCUGCCCGUCAGCAGCUCCUGGUCACCGUCAUACAGGCACAGGACCUGGCCAUACAGGACUACCAAGGGCCUAUUGACAGCUUUGUCAAGAUCUUCCUGCACCCCAACAACGAGCCUGCCGCUCAGUCCAAGGUGUACCGUAAGAGUCCCAACCCGGUGUUUAACGAGCGGUUCAUCUUCCACGUGCGUGAGGAUGACCUGGACUCCCGGAUCCUGCAGUUCUGUGUGUACGCCUACGACAAGUUCUCCCGACAGAGGCCGAUUGGGGAGGCGGAGCUGAAGCUGUGUGAUGUUGAUGUCCGCCUGCAGCCCUUCUCCACCUGGUGCAGCCUGCAGGACAUCAACCAGAAACCGGCGGAAUUCGGCGACAUCCUCUUUUCCAUCAGCUACCUGCCUACCGCAGAACGGCUAACUGUCGUGAUCGUCAAGUGUCGUAAUCUGGUCUGGGUGGAUGAGAAGGACGAUGCAGACCCCUUUGUCAAGGUAUACCUGCUGCAGAACGGCAAGAAGAUCAGUAAGAAGAAGACGUCGGUCAAGAGAAGCGAGCGAUGUCCCAUCUACAACGAGGCCAUGAUCUUUAACGUUCCUGCAAAUGCACUGCAGACGAUCAGCCUCCGUAUCACCGUCUCGGAGCACACUCUGGAAGGGAAGACUCCCAGCAUCGGUCACGUGAUAGUGGGUCCAGCCUCGUCAGGUCUCGCGUUAUCGCACUGGAACCAGAUGAUGACGUCACUAAGAAAGCCCGUUGCCAUGUGGCAUCCGCUCAGAAAAUGAUGACGUCAUUGAGCGCAUCGUAAGGCAAAGGUUUUAAGCUCCAGUUUAAUGUCAUCUUAUCCGGAUUUGUGCGAUGUAACGUUACGGUGUCGUCGGAAACCGACCAUUACGUGAUUUUUGAGCGGAAUAUUCGUCAUCAAUCGUUGUGCCCGUAAACGUGUUACGUCACUUAAACUUGCCGUGUUACGUCACUGAAACUUGCCGUGGACGUCACCAAACUUGCCGUGUACGUCAUCAAAUUGCCCGGAUGCUGCGCCUUCGUGAACGUUCCCAGACGUAGUUAUAACCGGACUUAACGUGAACGUCAGAACUGUGUACGUGAACUGAUGACGUGGGCAUCACGCACGAGUUUUUUGAUGUGACGUCCCCACUUCUUGUGCACAAGUGAAUGUGACAUGCGCACCUCAUAGCACUCCAGAGAAUCACAAAGUGCAAUGCUGCAAUAGAGUACUUAGUAGUACAUAAAGAAAUGUUUAUUCCUGGUUUUCUUGUCUCUGUGCUCUAUAGAUGUAUCAAGGUAACGUCAUUUGUAAAUAGUUCGUCAAAGUUCAUGAAAAAAGCACAAGAUCUUGGAAUUAACACAGUAUGAAACUUUUCAAAGAAAUGGUAAUAAUGAUAUCUUAAGAAAUACUCCUCAUCAUAGUUUUAAACAUAUUCCAUAGGACUUUCUAGCGUGCAAUGUUACCUUACUUUAUCCCAUAUGUUUUCAAUUGCAAGGAAAUAAUCACAAGGUAAAUUUUUUUUUAAAAACCCGUGUUUAGUUUUAAUGCCAUUGGUAUGACACAGACUAACAUGCCAUGACCAACAUAAUUUAGAAGUUACCAAGAUGUCCUAUUCUUUGUAACAAUAUUUUAUCAAAACUUCCAACACUUAUAGAUAAAAUAAAUCAUUCAACAUGUUCGUACAUAGGCGGAAACUUCUUAACAUCAAUGCUUACAUACACCAAUGGCGUCAUUCUAAGGUUAUAUAGACUUCGACACUCUGAAGAAAUGUUCUAACAUACUAACUAUACUUCUAACUGAACGGAGGUCUCCAAUUCCUUUCAUAACAUUGGGGUGCAAAACAUGUGAAUAGAGGAACGUCAAGUACAGUCAGCGACGUAUAUUUUCUGAAAAAAAAA